AUGCCGCAGAACACCACCGGCAAGAGCGGGCGCAAGCGCCGCAACCGGAAGAAGGGCAAGGGCCCCGCGCCGCUCUCGCCGCUGCCGCGCGCGGCCGCCGCGGACGUCACGAACGUCGCGACCGUCGCGGCGCCCCCGGCGCCCAUGGCGCCCCCGGCGCCGGCCGCGCCGCCGCGCCUCCCGGCGGCCUUCCCCGAGCCCGCGCCGGCGCCGGCGGCGCCGGCGAGCCCCCUCGACGACUCGUCCCUCCGCGGGCCGCCCAUGGCGCCCCCGGCGCCCAUGUCGCCGGCGUCGGACGCGUCCGACGUCGAGCGCCACGUGCUCGCGCUCAUGAGCCCGGACCAGGCGCCGGCGACGCCAUCGGAGGCGUCGCCGGCGUCGCUCGCGACGACGGAGCCGGCGUCGCCGCCGAUGCCCGAGGACGAGCCGGCGCCGCCGCCCGCGGCCGACGUGGUCCUCGGCCCCGAGAUCGGCCGCGGCAAGUUCGCGCGCGUCGUGCGCGCGACGCAUGGAGGGCGCGUCGUCGCGGCGAAGCUGCCCGUGCGGAACGAGGACGACGACCGCGAGGAGGCGGAGGUCGCCAGGUACCUCGCGCAGGAGAUCCGCAUGCUGCGGGGCUGCGACCACGAGCACGUCGUGCGCUUCGUGGGCGUCGUGGACGGGACGACGCUGCUGACGGAACUGUGCGCGGGCGGCGACCUGCUGAGGUUACUGGAAGGUAACGCGGAGCUGGGCUGGCCGCUGCGGCUGCGCCUCGCGGGCGACGCGUGCCGCGGCCUCGCGUACCUCCACGAGCGCGGCGUGAUGCAUAGGGACGUGAAGGCCGAGAACGUGCUGCUCUCCCAGGACUGGCGGGGCAAGCUCUGCGACUUCGGCAUGGCCCGCGACGCGGACGAGAACUCACAAUGUAAGACGCUCUGCGGCACGCCGGAGUACAUGGCGCCGGAGCUGCUGCUCGGCGAGGUCGAGGCGUAUGGAUUGGCCGCGGACGUGUUCAGCCUGGGCUGCGUGCUGGUGGAGCUCGCGACGCGCGAGGCGUGCGCGACGUGUUUGGUGCGGGAAGCUAGAAACAUGUUCGAGGUCGACGACGAUAUCUUGCGGGCGAAGCUGGCGGGCGCGCCGGACAGCUUCGUGGAGCUCGCGGUGCAGUGUCUGGCGGGCGAGGACUACGAGCGGCCGCUCGCGGAGGACGCGCAGGCGUGGCUCGAGGAGCUGGCGAGCGAGGCGGGCGCGGUCGCGGCGCCGCCGGCGCCGGCCGGGGUCGCGCCGCCGCCGCCGCCCGCCGAGCCGCCGGCGCCCGCCCCGCCGACGGCGUGGGGCGCGCUCGGCCUCGACGCGGGCCGCGUGUCGGGCGAGCUCCUCCUGAUGGACGCGGCCGGCCGCUUUGCGCGGCGCUGGGUCGUCGUCGCCGGGUCGUGCGUGUCGUGGACGGGCGAGGCGGCGCGCGACGCGGGCGCGCGCGACCUGCGCGCGGCGACGGCCGUGGCCGUCGAGGGCGACGACGUCGUCCUCGACGGGACGACGCGCUUCCGCGCCGCCGACGCGCUGCGCCGCGACGUCUGGGCGGCGGCGCUGCGCGCGGCGGUCGCGCGCGCGCCGGCCGGCGGCCCCGGCGACGUCGCGGUCGCCGUCGCGCCGCUGCCGCGCUUCCCGGGCUACGUGGACGUGCGCGCCCGCCGGGGCGGCCUGCGCGCGUCGCGCUUCGUCGCCGUGGAGGCGGUGACGACGGACCUCGACGCGCGGCUCGGCGCGCUGGCCGAGGACGACGCGGCGCUCCCGCGGCCGCCCGCCGGCGGCGGCGCCGACGCGGCGGCGGUGGAGGCCUACCUGGCGGAGGUCGCGGCGGCCGUCGGCGGGCGGCCGCGCCUGCUCGAGGCGCUCCUCGAGGCGCUCGACCUCGCCGACGACGGCCCGCGCGUCGUCGUCGGCGCCGCGCGCCCGGUCUAG